CAAAGUCAUUAAAUGUCGAUCCGUCAUUUUGAGCAGCUACAUAUGCAUUCCUCUGCGUCAGAGUGAAGCGCUCCGAGACCUUUUCCUUUCACUGGGAGAAAAAAAAAGACGGAUUCUUCGCCUUUUGUGCGCUCUCUUUGUUGAAGCGAAACUUGCAAUGGAGUCCUGACCUACUAAUGCUUUGUGUUUACUCGAGUAAUCUCCCGGUUAAUGAGAACCGCCUUCUGUUUCCGUCAGACAGGCAGGGCGACUACGAGCUCCGCUGAGGUGGUCUAGCGGCCGGGCUGGAAACGCGCGAUUUCCACACCACCAGCAGACAUGGAGACCAGCCAGGAGGACGGCAAACUUGCGGACGGCGUCCUGGCCGACAAGGACGGGACAACAACAGCGCUGAACGGCACGGAGAAAAACCACCCCGAGGAAGCCGAGACGAAAAAGGAUGACCUGCCCGAGAGGGGAAACUGGACGGGGAAACUGGACUUCAUCCUGUCUUGUGUUGGGUUCGCCGUGGGUCUCGGCAACGUGUGGAGGUUCCCAUACUUGUGCUAUCAGAAUGGCGGAGGCGCCUUCCUCAUCCCGUACUUCCUGACGCUGUUCCUGGCGGGGAUUCCCCUCUUCUUCCUGGAGACCAGUCUGGGCCAGUUUCUCAGCAUAGGUGGGCUGGGCAUCUGGAAGAUAUGCCCGCUCUUCAAAGGUGUGGGCUAUGCGGCUGCAGUGGUGUCAUUCUGGCUCAACAUCUACUACAUCGUCAUCAUCGCGUGGACUCUCUACUACCUCUUCAGCUCGUUCCAGUCCGUCCUGCCAUGGGAGCACUGUGAGAACGACUGGAACACCCCAAACUGCUUCACAAACUUCACCAUCCUCAGAAAUAUGACCAAAAACGAGACCGCCAACUAUACAGACUCUACAAGGGAGUUCUGGGAGCGAGGAGUACUACAGAUGACGGAUGGUCUCCAUCAGCCCGGGUCAGUGCGCUGGGAGCUGGCGCUGACUCUGCUCCUGGCCUGGAUCAUCGUGUACUUCUGCAUAUGGAAGGGUGUCGGCUGGACUGGGAAGGUGGUGUACUUCACGGCGCUGUUCCCGUACUUCGUGCUGUUCAUCCUGCUCAUCCGCGGAGUCACCCUGCCCGGGGCGUACGACGGCAUCAUGUUCUACAUCACGCCCAAGUUCGAAAGGCUUUUGGACUCUAAGGUGUGGAUUGAUGCCAGCACGCAGAUCUUCUUCUCCUACGGGAUCGGUCUGGGCUCUCUGGUCGCCCUGGGCAGCUAUAACCAGUACCACAACAACGUCUACAAGGACGCGUUGAUCGUGUGCACCGUGAACAGCUGCACCUCCAUGUUCGCCGGCUUCGUGGUCUUCUCUGUUGUCGGCUUCAUGGCGAGCGUGCAAGGCAAGGAAGUGAGUGAGGUGGCGGCAUCAGGACCCGGUCUGGCAUUCCUGGCGUACCCAUCAGCUGUGAUUCAGCUGCCCAUCUCUCCUUUCUGGUCCAUCUGUUUCUUCCUCAUGCUGUUGAUGUUGGGACUGGACAGCCAGUUCUGUACCCUGGAGGGGUUCAUCACUGCUGUGGUUGACGAGUGGCCGCACUUGUUCCGCGGACGGAAGGAACUGUUCAUCGCUGGAGUCAGCUUCAUCUCCUACCUCAUCGGACUGUCCCAAAUCACUCAGGGAGGCAUAUACGUCUUCGAGCUCUUCAACUACUACUCAGCCNAAAGCCUAAAUAUAUAGUGGUGCCCUUUCUUUAACGUCAUUAUUUCUUCGUCUUCCUUUUCUGUAGGCGUUGAUCGUUUCUACGACAACAUUCAGGACAUGAUCGGCUACCGGCCGACACGAUGGUGGAAGAUCUGCUGGCUGUUCCUCACCCCUGCGGUCUGUCUGUUCACCUUCUUCUUCAGCCUGGUCCAGUACAAGCGUCUGAAGUACGUGGACUACCUGUACCCGGUGUGGGGAGAGGUGAUCGGCUGGUUCCUGGGGCUGUCCUCCAUGCUGAUUAUCCCCGGAUAUGCCAUCUACAAGCUCGCGGUGACUCCAGGCACACUGAGAGAGCGGUUCUGGGCCACAGUGCGCCCCAACUUGGACGGCGUUCUCCCGCGGAGCGCCACGGCCGAGGUUCGGUACGAGGCCGGAGUGGACGACAUCAAGCUGAAGGUCCAACCCACCUCCAACCCCGGACUUCCCGAGGACAAGGUGGAGCACUGUAGUGCAGUAUGACGUUGUCUCUCGUGAGCAUGUAAUUUCUGACCAAGCUGUGCAAGGGAGGUGUCGGUUGGACGUGCGAUCCUGUUAUAACGACAUCUGGCGAUUCACAAUUGAACAACAGUGAGCCUGGGCCCAAUGCAGUUGAGAUUCUAUGGAUAUGGAAGGUGAUAGCGAAGUCACACUAAAGAAGAUAUUAGGGCUGUUCCACUUAAACGUUUUGAGGAAGACUGAAAAAUGACCAAAUCAUUAAAUAAUCUUGAGGGUGGUGCUGAGAAGCUAGGGUAAAGUAAGAUAGA